GAGAGAUCCAUAUGGUUAAGAUGGACGGUUAAGAUGGCAGCUGUCAUCCGUGAUUUACAGCUUUAGAUAAACCCGUGGGAAAAUGUCGAGGCUCACAAACCUGCGAAAAGAAAAGUUCUUCCCGAAUUUCGCCAAUUUGCCCGCUGAAGACGAUAUUGACUUGAGAUACUACAAAUUUGUCAAUGAUUCCCAUCUCAAACCCAAGCAACACUGGUGCCUUCUAACAGAGAUCGUGUCGAUUUGCAUUUCGGCCGGCUGGUUCUCCGAUCCCGCGACAGAGCUGGUAAACCUUUGACGAUCGCCUUCUACACAGAUGGCAAUGGGAGGAGGAUCUCAUCUCAGAUGAAGGUUGGAUAUACGAUUGCUAUCCUCUAUGCUGACCAGCAUGCUUUCAUAGACGGAUCCACAGGGGUUCGCCAAGAGAGCAACAAUACCGUCAAGGUGAGAACCCAUGGGCUGCUUCAAUAUCCCAAGGAAGCAGAGCUAAGGAAUGUCCAGGUUUUCCCCUCGACUUUAGAUAACCUGCUUAAAUUGAACCACGAGGUUCAUCUUUGGAAAGCGUUUCCCAACAAAGGGGUCUGCCACGCGUGCAAUAAGGAAAAGGAGCCUUUGCAGAAAUGUGCCAGGUGUGGUAUGGUGUCGUAUUGUGAUCAGGUUAGUGGAAG